AUGGUCGUCGAAGCCCUCACAGAAGUCAUUGCCCCAGAAGGCGUCAAAGCGCGACUAAUUGCGACCAGAACAGCCGACAUAUCGCUCCCGCAUGCCGAGAAGACCGAUGGGCGAAUUGUCCCUCUGAAGCAUCCGGAACAGAGCAAGGUAGACUUUGGCGCCGAGGUCUACGGAAUUGACUUGAAUAACCUCACCGACGCCGAUUUCGAACUGAUCUCCGAUGCACUACACAAACACAAAGUCUUGAUUUUCAAGGAGCAGCCUGAAAUGCUCACACCCCAAAAUCAAUAUCUGCUGACGGCGAACUUUGACCCUGAAGAGACGACGGGAGGAUUUGCCCACGGAGCCGACCCGUUCCUUACGUCUCACAACAACGUCAAUAUCUACGGGAUUCCCAGUCGACCUGCCGUCCCAGUCCAGCCUCAAGUCCACAUCUUAGGAAGAGGCGAGGUCCCGGAAGGUCACUACCAGUUCCCUCCCGGCUUCAAGAUCAAGGGUAUAGACCAUCGCGAAUUCCAUCUUCCGCCUCACAUACCCCAAGAAGAACGUGACAAGGGAGCCAGCCGAUUCUAUCAGUGGCACUGGGACGGCUCUUUGUACAACAUCCCGCCACCACGGGUCGGAUGCUUGUUAGCUGUGCGUACCCCAAAAGGCCCAGAUGUGACUGUUCGCUGGGAAGACGGUACAGGAACCGAGAUGAAGAUUCCACCCGGAGCGACUGCUUACGUCGCUGGGUCCAGAGCACUUGAGCUUCUCGAUGAGGCAACAAGGCAGAUUGCCCUUCACAGCAGGAUAGAGUACGCCCCGCACGCCUUCAAGUGGAUGUCAACAGCCCACAGUGCGCGUCUUGGACACAUAUUAGAGACCGAGGGCCUGGAACUGCCACGAGACAAACUUCCUCCAGUGGACGAGAGCAAGAUUUGCGUCUACCCUAUGGUUUGGACGAACCCCAAGACCGGCGAAAAGUCGUUGCAGGUCCACGGACAAGGAGCCGUCAAGCUCUUCCUCAAGAGCACCCCUGACGGAGAAGAGGAGAUCAUUGAUGAUCUCAACCAAGUCCGGGAGUUUAUGCACAAGAUCAUGAGGCCGGCCAUCUCGCCAGAAAACAUAUACGCACAUCGCCACGACGAGCAAGAUGUUGUUCUUUGGUACAACCGUGCGUUAUGGCACAGCAUCACCGAAUUCCCCGAAUCAUACGGCCCAAGGAUUAUGCAUCAGUGCAACAUUGCGGCGUCUGAUCAUCCCACGGGGUGA